AUGGCCUCGACGGCGCCAGCCGCCGCGACGACCCCGACGAGUCCUCCAGCGCCCAGUGGGCCUCAGCCCACGACGACUAAUGCCUCCUCUGCUCCGCCGUCAACCACCACGGCAGCGGCGUCGCCGUCGAUGCGCAGCCUGAAAGACGGCACGCGAAUGUUCGAUAUUCGAAUGAAUCCAUAUCAUCUCAAAUAUACCUCCCUGCCAUCAGAAACGAACCCCCAGGUCAUACCAGCGCAACUUCCCAUGCCUACUCUCACUCCAAAUGCCGGACUUAGUCCAUAUCAUGAUGGGCGCAUCAGGAACCCAGUCCCAAGCAAGCUCAAGGGCAAAACCGACGGACGACAAGGAAACUUUAGUGUCAUGCAGAUCGACGUUCCGAGGCCAGAGAUGACGGAGCGAGACCUUGCCGCGAAGCGCACAAGUGAGGGAACCGCCGCCGCUGCCCGACUUGCGAAUAGCCAGGGAUACCGCCACCCCAAGAGACCUCGACCGAAUGUUAUUGCACCGGCGCCUCCCGUACGAUUCCGUCCUUAUCCUACUCCUGUGCUUCCAGCGCCUCCUCGGCCGAUUCCUCAACCACCUCCGCUUGCUCCAGCCGUAUCUAUUGAGAAGGUGCCUGUCGAGAAAGCACCAGCAGACAAGGCGCAGACAGAAAGGACACCCGCUUCAAAUCCUCCUACGCGGGCCACGAGCCCCUCUAUCCAGGAGAUCAGCCCUCCUCCCCAGACACAGGAAAUCGACCCUCCACCUACAGGUCCUUCUGGGCUAUCUCCACACGAUACUAAGACUGAGCAGGCUCGUCUCCUCACGCUUCUAAGAAGCCUUCAUCCUAUCUUGGUUGUGGAUCAGCUGUGUAAAGCCUUGGCUUACUUUGGUGGUAUUCCAGGCGCGCCUCCUCCCGCGGACGGCGUCUUCCCACAAAGCGCUGGAACAAAUGGGCCAGGCUCCUCGUUUGUUGCCUGGGUUUCUGAGAUCUUCCCACACCUAGAUAAUGUCGACAAAGUUGCUGUCACCCAAACUCCGCCCGCUAUCCCCCCAGUCGGUGCCCCAGGGGCAGCGUCUAUCGCAAACUCUUCUGCCGCAAACGCCGCUCCCGUCACGGUUAAGCGCUCCAGGGGGCGGCCAAAGGGUAGCAAGAGUAGCAAGGUCCGGAAGGACAAGGGGAUCAAGAAGAAGGUUGUUACUGGCUCAGAAACUACCCAGACGAACGACGCCACGGCUACGCAAUCGACGCCAGCGGAGCAAGAACCAGAAGCAUCUCAGCCGUCCGCCACGGGUGACCAGGGACAAGCGGCAACAACAGCAGUCACACAGGCGAAUUCCAACUCAACAGUGCAACCCACGACACCUCAUGUCGGAAAGAAACGAGGUCGCCCAAAGGGGUCCAAGAACAAGCCCAAGCAUCAGCCGGGAACACAGGAUGGUGGCGCCGAUCCCUCGAAUGCCACGGCUGCAAACCCUGUGGUUGAUUCCCCUCUUGCUCGCAAAACAGCAUCAAACCAACAAGAUGCGAACCCGUCCGCCAAUGUAGGAAACACGGGUGCAGACCUAAACGGCAUGACGACCAAUUCUGUGAACCCAGAGCCCAAUGGUUCCGUUCUUGUCCAGGAGCCUACCGUGGCAUCAGAUGCAGACAAUAAUGUCGACCAACCACCACUACCAACUCCAAUCAGUACCCAAAACACUCCCACUGUUGCUUCGAGGAAGCGAAAGCCUUCACAGCAAACCCCUCAAACGAGUGUACAGGUCAUGGCUACGCCAAAUACUCUCCAGGUUCCUGAUGCCGUGUCCCGGUCAGGAAACUCACCUCGAACAAAAAACGCAAAGCGUCGCCGAGUCUCUGAAGAGAUGGGACAGAAUGUGGUCUUGAGCGGAACCGAGUCUCACUCAACCGGCGCGGAGGCGUCAGCCUCGCCGACCAUCGUACCCAACGGGCAGCCUUCGUCUGCCUCGAGCAGUUUCGACUCUCAGGGGCAGAUCAGCCAGCUUGGAGGUGGCGUAAACCAUCGACCACAACAGCUUCUGCCUCAUCAGCGUCAGCAGUUGCAGCAGCAACAGCAACAGCAACAACAUCAGAACUUGAAUCUUCAUCAGUUCGACCAAAAUCAACAACCACCACCGCAACCGCAACAAUCUCCAGAUAUAGGCUCGGAACAGUCCAAUCAGACCCAACAAAUGGCUCCUGCUGCUGUCAACAGGUCGCGGAAUCGCCUGCCCGGAACACAAACUCACAUGUCUAACAUGGCAGCCCAGGCUGUGUACAAGCAGCAUUACCAACAAAGACAGCAGCAGCAACGACAGAUGGCAAAUCACUUUGGCCAAGCUACUGGCGCACCCUUCUCGCGCACCAUGGGGUCAAACUCUCCGACACAGUUCCAACAGCAACAACACCCGACAAACGCUGCUCUCGGCUACAGCGGUCGCCCAUCUCUCUCUCAACACCAACAUCAACAACAGCAGCCACAUCAGCAACAUCCGCAGACUCAGCCCGACGAGUCCCCAGGCGCGCCCAACAUGGCGCAGUUCCAGGACUUUAACGGUCAGAGUUACCUCGACAUGGACUAUUCCAUGAACGCCGGCACAGCUGUUGGGUUUGAUAGCCAUACCCAGCUCGAGGCUGCGCUUGCUGAGCCCGACAUGCGCGACCGGAUAUACCACGCCAUUGGCAGGUAG